ACGGGUCGCCCCAAGGAUCCUCGUGAUGCUCUUGGAGGGGGGUUGGCGGGGAGGCCGGGCUGAGGACCUGACGGAGGCUGCGGGCGGCUCGGGUGCAGGAGUAUAUAGACUUAAGAGCAUCUUACUUUCAUCAGCACUGUUGAGAAAAGAAGAAAAAAUGCCAAUGCUGCCUCCUGAAAUCAAAUUUGAACCUUCUAAUGUCACCAGAAAUUCCCUUGACAGUUGUUUUCUUUUUGAGAGAAGUUGGAGGAAAGCAGUUUUAGAAACACAAAAGAUGAGGAAAGAAUACACCACAGCAUUUGGUCUAGAAGAAUUCAAAGAAUGUGUCAAAAUGCCAUAUUUACCAGGAUUGCAAAAUUGCCAAAAAAGUGUAAGUGUCACUCCACUAGAGGUUCAUAAAGGACUCUUGCAUGCUGAUACCGAGAUGCCUCCUGUCAGCCAUUCUACUGAGAACACGUCGGGUUGCCUACAAGUAUUUUAUUCUCCUCUGCAUAUUGAACAAUGCCCUGUGAAAGAACAGUCUUGGCAAAGCAGGUUAAAGAAGACUAAGCCAACAUGUACUGUGGCACCACUUCAGGAGAAAUCAAAAGGACUCUUAAGGCAUUCUAAUUCUCCUUCCAUCAAUUUUGGUUCUGGCUUCAGCGAUCCUCUCACUGGAGCACCAUCUCAGUACUUACAGAGACUUUCUAAAAUGGCCAUUUUGGAGUAUGAUACCAUUCGUCAAGAAACAACCAGAAAAUUUAAAAAGAGCAAGAAACAAGAGUUUUGAGACUGCUGAUUGUCCUCUGGUGUGAUGCUUUCUUCAGUGACUUUUAAGGUAGCUCCAGGGAGUAAUAAGAGAGCUGAGAAGAGUACGGUGUCUCCAGGAUUUCUUUGGGUCUGCCUUGCCUUCUGUGCAAAGUCUGUGUACAUUUUAUAUUCCAAGUUCUUCCCAAGAUAACUCGAAGCCUGGUGCAGAGGGAGAAGACCCUGAGCUUUCAAUCACAUCACUUGCAGACAACACUCCACCUCCAGCCCCUGAGUACCACUCUGGCUUUUUGAAGAACUGGAGAGAACAUGCUUCACUGGCAGGUGAAGACAGGGAGGGGGCUGGAGCCGGCUUCAGUCUUGUAUUUAUUUUAAAACUGUGUAAAUGUUUAAAAUGUGAUAUGUAAACUUGCUUUCAGGCCACUUUUCAUGGUAGGCGGCCUUGACAGUUAACCAUUAGGUUUCUCUGGGACGGUGGAAACUUGUGUUCUUUUGGAGAGGACAGCAGAAAGACUGCUCGCUUGAUGGUAUGGGGGACAAGGCAGGUGGGUUUGCCAUCUGCUCUCAGCUUUGGCAAGAGGGAGGAAUUGAAGGCAGCUGUGACAGCACCCGGGAGAAAUUAAACAGGAGAUACUUUAUUCCGCCAACCUCAGGGCUUUUGUCAUGGUAACAACUCCCAGACUCGGUGGCUUACAAACAUUGACUUCUCCAUCAUGCUGUGGAAUGGCCACAGCUCUGCACUAGGCUGUGGGCUGACUAUAGGGUGGCUUCUAGCAUCUUCCUGUUCUGGGACUCGGGCUGCAGGAGCAACCCCUAGCUGCAACCCUCAGCCCCGCGACAGAGAACAGAAGCACAAGAGGCUAGGCCAAGCCGUGCACUCUCCCUUCAGUCCGCUGCUCGGAAAUGGCGUGUGUCACGCCCGCUUGAAUUUUGUUGGACAAAGCAAGUCACAUGGCCAAUCCCAAAGGGUUGUGCUCUAAGGAAGGAGGAAUUGAAUACUUGAGCGUAAUACUGUUAUCUGCCAGAGUCAGUCAUUCUUUCGCUAAAUACUUACUGAGUGCCAGCAUUGUGCUGGAACUUGAUCUAUGGAAAUAGAUCUGUUCCCUGCCCUCAUGGAGCUUACAAUCCCACUUGGGACAUAAAUGAUGAGACCAGAAAUUACAAUAAAGGCUGAGCCCAGUCCCAGAUUUCAGGGCCCUCACAAGGAUAGUGGAGGCUGCAGAGAGCAUAGGAUGACUGCCAUAGGAUGAAUUACUCCAGGAUGUUACCAUAGCAAGACCUAAACAAUAUUUUUCCCUGGAUGGGGUGGGGAGUGGCGGAGAGAUUCUGUUCUUCAAAACUCUACUCAGGUCGCCAGCCUUCUGAGACUCUCUAUGGCCUUCUUUGCUGAGAUAGUGUCAGGCCUGGCAGGUUACCUGCCUUGACACCCUUCGUCCCACCUGCCACCUGUAAACCCAGCCCCACCUCCCUUCCCAGUCCGGUCAGGUCCUGAAUCAGCAAAGGACUUAAACAGAUCCAGCUCCGUAUUCGGGUGCUGAGGAUCAAGUUACCCUUGGCUAUUUGUCUCUCCAUGACCAGCUGUCCCAGUUUUAAAAACUGGAUUCCCGUCACAUUCCUAAGCUUUUUCUGUAACCUUCCAAACCCUUCCAUACCAUCACACCCAUACUGCUCUGACCUAACAUCCCAAGAUUCCAACCCAGUGAUUCCCUUCGUACCUGUUAGACCCCCGGUCCCAGGGUUCAUAAACAUCACCAUUCCCUCAACAUCUUCACAGAGGCUGUCUCUCAGAAGACUCUUUCCUGUGGGUACCACUUCUGCAGCCCUCUUGAACUCAGGACCGGGAGACCAGGGAAUGUUCUCCUUACUCCCCACCGCGGCUUCCUAUACCCUGGUGUGACACCGUAUGCUGCACCGGGUCUUAUUUGUGGCACACGGGAUCUUCGUUGUGGCAUGCUGGACCUUUAGUUGUGGCAUGUGAAAUUUUUAGUUACUGCAUGUGGGCUCUUAGUUGCGGCAUACAGGAUCUAGUUCCCUGACCAAGGAUUGAACCCAGGCCCCCUGCAUUGGGAGCGCCGAGUCUUAACCACUGGACCACCAGGGAAGCCCUGAAAGAGAUUCUUGAUUACAUAUAUGUAGAUGGCUCCAUCGGGGUCCAGGGAAGACCCUGGCAGAGGCUGACUGCUGCUGUUCUUCAUAUUCACUGCUUGGUGCAGCCAAAAUAUUGUGCAGGUAUCAAGAGGUGGGUCCAGGCACACGGCAUGCAGAUGAUGCCCCAGGUAGGGGAUGGCUUUGAAGUCUGGCAAACCAAGAGUUUCCAUCAAUGACCGGUUCAAAUUUACCUUUCAUAUGAGUUCUUGGCACCAAGAACAAUACCCUAGAUGUUGGGGUCCAACGUCACAGGUGAAUAUAAAUAUAUCCAGAGGUUCUAUAGAAGUUUACACAGGGCUAGUUAGGCUGAAAGUAAGCCAGCCAAGUGGGGAAAUAGCUCAAAAACCCUGUCUGCAGAGCUUUACUAAGAUUUAUUUGGAAAGUUAUGGUCUCUCCCAAAAUGAAUCCACAGAUUGCUUUGCUCUGAUUACAAGAAGAACGUUGAGGUCUUUAUUAACGGUCAUCAUUGGAUUCCUUCCCUCCUUAAGGAGAUUAAUUAGGUAAAUUUCAUUACAGUAACAUCAACUUUCUUGGAAAGAAACCAUCCAACUUCAGAAUGACUGUAAGUUUAUAUCUGGAAACUAAGCAAUGUUAAUGUUUACAGUUGAGAAUGUGAAACAUUAGGUUUUAAUAGAUGUUGAUGUCAUUCUUGGCAUCCUGCAAUGAUAUAAACUACUCUGUGAAGAGGUAACACGUUGUUAAAUGGAGCCAAAAUGCAAAGAAAGAAGCUGGAAUGUACACACGCAGGGUUCCUCCCUACCUCCCACUGACCCGUCCUGCAUCUGCCAUCUGAGCUGAGCCAGAAAAUUGUGGUUGGCAUGUCCCAUCUAUCGCAAAUGUCCAGGUAGAGAGACGAAGGAAUUUCUCCCAUUCUAUUUAGUGGUUUGCUGCUCUAGUAUUUUCAAAGAGGGCCAAAACGGCCAAGGAAAGAGGCCAAUUUUAGUCCUGGUUCGACCACUACUUGUUGCAUGACCCUGGACCAGUCACUCUCUCUGGGUUGUUUCCCCAUGCAAAAAGUGAGAGGUCUAGACUCACUGGCCUCCAAGGACAAGCAUAAAACUCUGUUUAAAAGAUAUUUUUCCUGCCUUUUGGGUAGACUGUCUAAUAUGCAGCCAUUUGACAACCCCCCCCCCUUCAACCCUGAGGGAGUCUGGGAACUUUGGGGCUGAAUCUUUUUUUUUUUUUUAAACCCCUCUCUUUUGCCCUGUUAUUUGUUUAUUUUUAAAUUAACUCUGAGUUUAUUUUUAUUUAUUUUUUAAUAUUUAUUUAUUUGGCUGUGUCGGGUCUUAGUUGCAGCACACGGGAUCUUCAUUGCAGCAUGUGGGAUUUUUGUUGCAGUGAGCAGGCUCUAGUUGCAGCGCACAGGCUUAGUUGCCCCGAAGCAUGUGGGAUCUUAUUUCCCUGAUCAGGGAUCAAACCCAUGUCCCCUGCAUUGGAAGGCGCAUUCCUAACCACUGGACAACAGGGAAGUCCUGGGGCCGAAUCUUUAACCCUGCUAGGUGGGUGCUCGGGUCCUUGAACUUGCCUCAUGACAGCCAGGGGCUGGGGCAGUUCUGGGAUGGCCUCAGACACAGAUUGUGUAAAAAUUCGCUCUACCCCCACCUCCCUCUCUCCUCUCUCUGCUUGUACAGUUUUUAAAGGAUAUCACCAUAUAUUAGUGCAUUCCUGCAAGGUGGGCAGGGCAAGAUUCUUACAUGGAAUUGCUAAAAGAAGCUCAUAUGUGUUCAAAUGGUUCUGAUGAACCUAGGGGCAGGACAGGAAUAAAGACGCAGACAUAGAGAAUGGACUUGAGGACAUGGGGAGGGGGAAGGGUAAGCUGGGACGAAGUGAGAGAGUAGCAUUGACAUACAUACACUACCAAAUGUAAAAUAGAUAGCUAGUGAAGCAGCGGCAUCACAU